AUGCUCACGACUCGACCGAUUUUCAGUGGUGAGGCCGAUGACUCCUGGGUACAUACAGUGGCCUUCUCGGACUGUGGCCGCCUUUAUGCCACUGGAUUGGGUGGACGCCUCACUGCCUGGCAGGUUAUUGCACCACGCACUCCUUUUGUCACUGCCUUCCUUCCUGCUGGUCGGAUGCGCAAAUGCUUGGAUCAUCGGCCCUUUGGCCUCCCAACGGGCCCUUCGACUACCGCCAUUGGCUCAAGCUCCUUUGGGGCGCUUAGCGCGGCUGGUGCUGGUCUUGACUCUGUACCUUUUACUGGCGUUGGUGGCAGUACUACUGGCACUAGUAGUCUUAAAAUGCUACGUUCUCCACGUGGUUCAAUACACAAUCUGGCUUCUGGCCUGAUUCAAUCUUCGGCUUAUUCACACAUUGCAGGAACAGGACUCACACUCGGGAAGCCGGCUACAUUUCCAGUGAUCCGAUGCGCUGACCUCAAGGUUUAUAUAACCACUACUUUCUAUAGACAUGUUGCACUCUAUCAUUUCAUCGAUCAGGUAAAUCUUCCCAACCAAGAAGCUCACAUUAUGAUUCAUGGAAUCUUACAUGCCUUUAUUCCAACAUCCGUCAAUGCCCAAGCCGUUUUUGGGGGUCCAACUACCUCAUUGCCUACUUCUCCUUCAUCAUUGUCGCUUGGCAAUAUACUUGCGCAUCAUGCCCCAACCGGCGGCACUCAGUCGCCUGUAACACCCGGAAAGCCAUCCAUGUACCACCAAUAUCAUCGGCUAUCUUCUACACUCAUGCCUCCUGGUGGCCUUGGAGUAGGUUCACCCGGGGGGCAGAUGUCGAACUGUAUCAGCAGUGCCGGUGCUGAGAUUCCUAGAAUCGUUGUAGGUCUAGAGGAUUCAAGCUUCACUCUGCUUGAUGUUCGACGCAAGAACACUUCCUAA